AUGGCAGGUCUCCCCCCGCGGUUCAAGACGCUGGAGAUCGGUCUCUACACCCAGGGAUCCAAGGCAUGGGUUGGCAAGGCCAAGGAGAAGAAGGGAUCAUGGGUGGAGAGAUGGAAGAAGGCGCAGCUGCAGAUGCUGCUCGACGAGAUGGGCUACCGGCGGUCGCAGGCCCGCAAGGUGAUACGGGGGUUACGUCGACAGAAGGAGCAAGAGAAGGAAGACAAGACUGAGGUAGAGGCCCUCGACGACUGGGUGUACCUCCUGCCAACGGUCAAGACGGUUGAGCGGCGCCCGAUCUUGAAGACAUCGACACCACGGCAGUCGACUUCGGCCAGAGUUUCGUUCGCGGACGACGAAGCGGUCGAGACAAAGUGA